AUGUCCCUCCCAUCAACCUACAAAUCCAUCCACCUAGCAACCCGACCAAAAGACCACAUAACCCCCGAAACCUUCACCGUAAGACAACACCCAACCCCCUCCCCCUCCUCCCUCAAAGAUGGCGAAGUCCUCUUCCAACCAAACUACUGCUCCCUCGACCCCGCCAUGCGCGGCUGGCUCAACGACACAAGAUCCUACAUCCCGCCCGUAAAACUCGGCGCCAUCAUGCGCGGCGAAAGCGUCGGCCGCAUCAUCGCCUACCUCCAUUCAGGCUUGCGGGAUGAAGAAUUACUUUUGAAAGAUAACCUUAUUACGAAAAUUACUUUGCCCCCAAAUAGGAGACCUUCUAAUGCGCUAGGCGUGCUAGGGAUAACGGGGUUAACAGCGUAUUUUAGGAUUUUAAAUAUAGGAAAGGUAAAAGCUAGGGAUUUCGUAGUAGUUUCUAGAGCGGCGGGGGCGACGGGGAGUAUAUUAGUAGAAGAACUCGGAUUUGAUAGAGCGUUAAAUUAUAAGGGAAAGAAUUUUACGAAAGAGUUUCGGGAGGCGACGAAGAGGUUUAGAUUAAUCGAUAUGUUUUUCGAUAAUGUCGGAGGGGAGGUUUUAGAUUUAGCGUUAAGUCGGGCGAAGGAGCAUUCGAGGUUUGUAAUAUAUAGGGGGAUUUUACAGUAUAAUUCUAGGGAGAUAAAGGGGCCGAGGAAUUAUUUAAUAAUUGUUAGUAUAAGGAUUCGCAUAGAGGGGUUUGUAGUUUUUAAUUUUAAGAGGGAGUAUAAGAAGGCGCGAAAGGAUUUGGCGCUAUAG